AUGGACCUCCCCACCGAGACAGGUGCAGUGGUAUUCUCCUCGCGGCGGAGACUCCAGGACUCAGCCAAUUUAUUAACCGCCUAUACCCAAAUGUCCGCACCAGAAGACUAUCAUGCGACCCUAACAAAGAUCCUUUCCUCCAGAGGUAAUCAAAUUUUCGACAUUCAUUUCCUUCCGGAGGGCUUUGGUGACCUCCUUCAGGAGGGGCAUGAGAUAGGCAUCACCAAGAAAGCGCUUGUACAAUGCUUCAUAAAAGCACGUCAAAUAUUGUCCUCUCUCUCCUCACUAGAGCAACUGCCCCGGAAACCAGAAACUGGUAGCAAUCAAGGACAUGUUUCUCCAGGAGCACCCCGUGAAGACGCCUCGCAAUCCCCCCGCAAUUCGAACAUCGAUCAAGAUUACUCGCCCCAAACUCUCCUCCUCCAAACCGAAAUCCUCCUCCUCCUCGAUUCCGAACACCUAACUGCCUGCAAUUGGCGGAAGCGCAGACUGUACGCCUUGAAAGAACAAAAGCAAUCACAAUGCCCCGGCUCUGCAAACCAUUACCCACUCACUCUCCAUACCGAAAUCUCAUUUACAACAACAAUCCUCCGUUCCCCGCUUCACCGUCACACAAAAUCCCCCGUUCUAUGGUACCACCGGAAAUGGACUAUGAUGCAGCUUUUGGACUUUUGCCACGAUGACCCCGUGGCGGCAUUCGCGGGUUCCCAUCAUUUGCCGCAUUAUGAAGCUGCUGCUGAGGCUGAGGCUGGUACCAAGGCUGUAGCUGCAGUUACAGCUGCCGUGAACCAAAUCACAGACUACGAACUAUCCAUCGUGUUGCAGGCGGGCACGCAUCACCCAAAAAAUUAUUAUGCGUUCGCCUACCUACGAGAGUUUAUGGGCUUAUUUGCCAAUGCGCUUGCCUUCGCCCGAUGCCAAAUAUUGUCAACAACUAUGGUGACAAUGGGGCAGCAGCAGCCGGUAACCCUCUAUCUAGGGCUCCUUGCGAGGAUGGUUCUUGAGACAGUGCAUUCAUGGUGUCUCACAUACUCUCACCGACGGGAUAUUUCUGGUUGGAACUUUUUGCUUUGGUUGUUGGAAGUUGUGGGGGAUAACGAUGGGAGUGGAGGGGGUGACAAAGGUGAUGUGAUUACAUUGAGGAAAUCGAUUGUAAAUAAGACCGCACGUUUUGGCACGGAGGUUUCAUGGGAUGGAGAAGGGUUGUGGAUCUUUGUGGAUCUUGCUGCCAGGCGGUUUGGGGUUGAUGUUGAUUGGCUGAAUCUGGAGUCUGAAGGGGGGAAUGGAGCGCAUGACAUAGAGGGCACCGGCGCCGCUCACGGUCCUGCGGUCGUUACCGCCACAGAAAAAUCUUCUUCAUAUUCUAACCAACGAUGGAAGAUAUGGGUUCGUCGAAUAAAAGAGCCGCAGAAGCGGAAUGACGGCCCAACCCGGGUAAAUGACAAUGGCUGA